AUGACACGCCAAGACAAACGAGACCGCAUUGAAAUGGAGCAAAAGGCAGUGGGAGUCAUGCUGAAGCAGAAGGAAUACAAGGAAGAUCUUAUUGCUGAUCCAAGAAAGGGUAAACGAGGAAAGAAGAAGCCAGUGGCCAGCCUUGAGGAAUUUUUACGUUCUCUUCCUGCCAGUGACUUCUUUGGCGAUGACCAUAGAUGCCAUCUUUCUGCAUCGGCUCGCCUGGUCUUCCAAAAUGUCAAUGGCCUCCUGGCCUCUUCGACAGGGUGGAAGCAACUACAGAUCAAUCAGUGGCUGAAAGAAGAACAAGUGGGAAUUGCGUUGUUGGCCGAGACCAACACGCACUGGCCUUCUCUACCUGAAGGUCAGAACUGGAACGAUAGGAUGCGGCAAGUUGGGUCCAAGGGGUACUAUUUCACGACGGCACACAACAAGAACCGCGCCCGGCCAAUUGCGUCUUGCUCCCAGUAUGGUGGAUGUGUUGCAACCGUCUUGAAUUCAGUUGCACAUCAAGCCAAGUCAUUUGGCAGGGACCCGUCUAAGCUGGGAAGGUGGUCGUACGUGCGCCUUCGAGGCAAGAAGUUCGCGAUGCCAUCCUCGGAUAACCAAGUCAAUGAAGCUGCCGACGCGUCGCAGAGCCAGUUCUCUAAAGAUCUGGUGGUUGUCGCCGUGUACAGGCCCAACCCCCCGGGAAAGGGCGAAUCUACGGUAUGGGCGCAACACCGCAGCUUCUUCUGCUCACAAGGCCGACAGCGUGAUCCAAGGGAGGCGUUCAUGGUGGACCUGUUACAAGCGAUCACUCAAUGGCAUGACAAAGGGUGCAAAGUGAUUGUGGGUGUGGAUGCUAAUGCCAGGAUUCCUCUUUUUGCCAGUGCCUUUGGGGCAUAG